UUUCUCCUUCCUGCAAAUCUUCUCCUCCUUCCCCUUUGCACAACAACAACCAAACUUAGAAGUCCAGUCCUAGCCAUCGCAGUCGCUGAGCGAAGUCCGCCGCCGCUGAGCGAAGUCCGCCGCCGUCGCUCCGAAGGUCUUCUUCUCUUCUUCGAAGUUACAUGGGUGAACUGUGCUUCUGCUGCCUUGACAAUUUUAUCCCUGAAAAAGGAGAAAUAUGAUGUGGUUAUUGCAAACAUCCAUUCUCCUGAUCUACAAGGGGUUAUGCUCCUACGCGAGGCCGUUAGCAUGCAAUUGCUAGUCAUUUUAUUGUCUGACAUAGACGAUGCCAAUAUGGCGGCAAGGGCUAUAGAGCAGGGAGCUUUCAUGCUACUUGCCAAAACAGCAGUCUGUGAAGACACAUGGAAGAACUUGUGGCAAUAUGUAGUGAGGAAAAGGAUUACAAGAGCCAAAGAGAUGGAGAAAGUUGGGCAAGUAAUCCUCAAUAAUAAUGGUGACAAUAAGGGGAAGGGAUUAUUGAUGAGAAACGAUCAUUACUCUCAAGAAAAAUUUAAUAAUAAUUAUAAUAUUGAUGAGAAGAGUUAUAGAAUUAGGGGAAAGGGUUCGACCGCCAAGCGAAAACCUUCCACGGAAUGGACCGCUGAGCUCCAUCAGAAAUUCAUGGACGCUGUCUAUCAGCUAGGAGAUGGGAAGUGUUAUCCAAAAGAAAUACUUGAGCUGAUGAAUGUUCGUGGCCUCACAAGAAUGCAAGUAGCUAGCCAUCUCCAGAAAUGCCGCAACGACGACUGGAGAGUCCCGGAGGAGCGAAAACUUCCGACUACCAGUUUCUCUACUGCCGCCGGCUCUGUGCAAAAAAGCCAGACCCGAAGAUUCGGCGCAAUGCCGCGCCUCGCCGGAAGCAGUCUCCGGCACGGGAGCCCUACUCGCCAACACCAAGAGAACACCAAAUCGGCGGAAAGUCCCUCAUCGCCGUCGAUAAACGGCGUCAUGGGAGUUGAAUCUUCUCAUCAGCCCCUCCAAAGCAGCCAAUAUCUCACAGUCCGAAGCCCCGGCCCGUCUUCUCCUCAGAGCGUCGCCCAGCCCGUCCGCUCCGCCGACGGAACUGCCGGCAAAUCCCAAAUUGUCGGGUCCAUCAAUUACAGAUCCGGGGAUCUAAGAGUUAAUUCCCGUGAAAUGGAUGUUCGAUCUGCUGACGGGAAUAAUUGUGGUGUUUUUAAUAGUCUUAUUAGGAAUUUUCCGAUUGGUGAGAAAUACGGCUUCUCUGAUGAUCCUCGCAACAUCUCUGCCGGAAUCGAUUGUUACGCAACCACGACCCAUCCGCCGCCUCUGUACCACCGGAGAGUUAUUUCAGAUGAGGUAUUUGGCUUGCCUAAUUUGGAUCGUCAAUAUCCGUUUCAGUGCUUCUCCGACCAUUAUGCGCGGCUUGGCGGGGAUCAGGCCGAAUCUUCCUCUCGCUUUGACACAGGAUUCAACGUGCGCCAGAAGGAAGGUAUGGUCCAGUGUCCCAAGGUGAUGAAGAUUCCUAUGGCAAUUCCUUUAGCAUAUGAGGACAUGCAUGCAUCAGCCUGCUGGAACCGAAGAUGAUAAUUUCAUUACCUUACUUUCAGUUUCAAGUGGAGCUACUCUCAUCCACAUUCCAUCCAACAUAGCUAGUUACAAUUACGUUAUUGUAUUGUAGUAAUAGACUUGAUUCGUAUCUUUAUUUUGAAAAAAAACAGCGUUAUGAACGUGUUUACUUCUAGGAUUCGUUGUUU